UUACACAAAAGUGAUAUUGCACAACAGAGGUGUUAUAGUCUUUGUUGUUAUAUGUGUAAUGUAGAUCUGUAAAAUCUGAAUAUUUAAUGGUGACCUGUGUUGUGUGUGAAAACUAGAGCUAUAUAAUAUUGUUAUGAUUAAAACCUGGAAGCCCUACAAGAACAUUGGUUCAUCAAAAUCAAUACCUCUUAGCAAUUUUGGGAUCCUGGAAAGCGUCUUGCUAAAUAAAAACCCUAACCGUUGGUGUCUUUCCUGCAGUUCUCUGCUGUUGUUGAUCCGAAAGGGGAAAGACAUCAACACUGACAUCCCACUGGUGGGCCAGGACUCUGCUAUGACACCAGACGUGGAUGUCAGGCAGCAGGCCGUGGAGGAAAUGAUGCACAGGAUCAAGAGAGGCAUUCAACUUCGACCUGUCAGCCAAUCACCCAACAGAGGCAGGAAACAGAGGGAGAGGCUGCCCUCUAAUUCUGCCAUCCAGGAACUUAAAGGAAUAAUGGAGAAUUUCGGUAGAUUCAUCCCCCAAGCCAAGGCGAUGCCUCCGUCAGCCGGAGGUGAUGAGCUGCUGCAGAGGAUCCUGCUGAGGCGGAGGGGCGCGCUGGAGCCCUGAACACACCACGAUGAGUCCUCUCCUCACUGUCCGACAGCAUUCUGAUCCUGGGGGGGGUUUCCUCAUUAGCCCAAAGAAAGACAUCCUCAACAGAACAUGAACCACUGUUGUGUUUCACAGAAUGUUAAACUUCUGUCAGAAUUCUCUCAAAGGUUUUGGCCUUUGUUGAAAAGGUACUUUUCAUGUUAUUUUGUGGAUUUGUUUGCCAGCGGUUGGAGCAGAGCGCUCUGCUCCUGCUUUCUAAAGGUCACACCACACUUCGUCAGAAAGCAACUGACAAAUAGGAUUAAAUAUGUUUGAAUCAAAUCAAAUACAGAAGAGGAAUGAAAUAAUAUAACGGUAUGUUUCAGGGAAAUUAAAAAGUAAACAAGGAAUCAGUAUGACCACAGUCUGUUUGAGAAUAAUUGAAACAAUACACUGUUAAAUAUGAAAUCUGCAAUGCGUGUAGGUGUUGCUCCUGUGCGGUGGGUCAUAGAUGGUGGACCACCUUUUAUUAGGGUUAACUGUUGGAAGAGAGCUUGAUUUUUAUCAUUUCAAAAUAAAUCUCUAAUAGACAACAUUCCUCAGGACAAAAGCAGUUUCACUUCCUCUGCCGUACACAGGGUUUUUCGAAAUGUUGUAGGAAAUGUUCAAUUAAAAAUAAGCGAAUCAAUGAGAUUUGCUAGAAUAAAGACAACAUUACAAGGUCAUUCACUAUAUCUGCACAGAGACUGGCCGUAGGGCCUUCCAUAUCUGAUUUGUGCACCAUUUUUCAUGAAAACAUAAAAAAAAGUAAUAUUUAUUUGAAUAAAGAAACCAUGACACACAUCCAGCCGUUCAUAAAGCCUUCUCUUUCCUUCUCUGUAACGUGUUCUGCAGUGUUCCCCUGUUGGAGCCAUGUGUUACUUCUUCAGAGUUCCAGCUGUCUUCCAGUGUGAGGAAGAAGUGUUUCAGUGUGUGUGUGUUUGCAUGUGUGUGUGUGUGUGUGUGUGUGUGUGUGUGCGCGUGCAGGUCUCUCCCCUGCUGUGUGAGAGCCAGGCUGAGCUCGACAUCGACAUGAGCUUCCACAUAUCAUAUGACCCAAAAUCAAUGUUUCUAAUUUAAUUGUAUUGUGUAUGCAUAAAAUAUAUUAAAUAUUCAUUUCAGACGUUAUAAGCAGGCGUCAGUAACAGUGGGAGGCCCCGAGUGCAUCUCAGAAAGAGUAGUCACAAGGUUAUGAAUCAACACAGAGGUCAAAGCCUCUGAAGUGUGUGUCUCAAACCCCUCAUGAUGGACUCUAAAUGAGACCAUCAUUAACUAACUAAAUGAACAUCACUCUGCAUUAAAGAUACCAGAAACUCAGCAGGAAAAUGUUUAUUAAGGUUAGAAGUGAGAAAAACGGUAAUUUUUUCAUAGACUUCUAUACAAUGUGUGUUCUUUAAACCAAUGGAGUCGCCCCUGGAUAUGAGAGAGAAUUGAGGUUUAAGGCUUCACUCUUCAGACCCAGAGGUUUCCCCCCUCUUUACAGAUGACAGGAAAUAUGCGUUCUUGGUUAAAUACUGAAAAUAUCAACAGUGAAUUAAUUUCAUUAACAUUUAUAUAAAUCUACAAUAUCUCCCUUACCUAACCCACAAAGCCUUUUUGCCUCAGCAGUACUCAGUCAUUGUGAAAGUCCUGAACGUUGUAGAUCCCCCCCCCGACCCCUCCUUGUUCAUUUCCUUCACUCACAAACUUGUUUGUGACUUUUCAGAACAAAGUCCAGGCAGCAGCUUCCCCUCAAAAUGCAUUUGGCCAAAACAAAUGGUAAUACAGUAUAUAAGAAGAUGUAUUUCUGGGAGACAGGACUGGAAUCAGCUAUUUCUAACUGCUCUGUAAUAUGCAUGUCCAAUAAACUUAAGUUUGUCAUUUAUUGUAUUUCAUUUAAUUUGAAUGCUUUUCUGUAACAAACACAUUUCCUAUCUGGUUUACUGUACUGCAUUCUCCCUGCGAGGUAUUAACCCUACAAUCUGAUAUUUACUAGUUUUAGACAAUAGAUUAUGUUGUAGUCAUGUGAGGACAAUCAUAAUAAAGGGAUCAUUAAAUAACACG